AUGUCCUCGUCGCUAGCCCGCACCCGCUCCCUGCGAAAGCCAACGCAGGGCUCCUCGACCGAUCUUCCCCCUACGACCGCAACCUCCGUAUCCUCCUCGGCUUCAAUCACGGCAGCUAGAGGCCCCGCGAGCUCGACCACAGGAGGAGCAGCAGCAGCGCCAUCAGCGUCGGCGUCCACAUCCCACCGCCCCGUAUCCCCGAGUAGACUACCCGCGCCCCGGUCCCUCGCCGCAACACGUCCCACAACACGCACCGUCUCCGGCGCCAGUGUCGCGAGCAGUACAGCGGCGGCGGCCACAACCGCCUCCGAGGCGCCCAAGAAGAAGAGGCCGAACCCCUUAUCGUCGCUGCUGAGCAGAAGCUCUUCGACGCGCCAACCAGCGUCCGUGACAACGUCGAUUUCGACGAGACAAAGAGAUGUGGUAGCAGGUGCUGGAGCAGGAGGAGGACUAGCUAGCUCGGGACCAAUAAGCGCCCCUUUGAGCAGGACAAGCGCGCUCUCGGGCCUUACGAGGACGACUUCGACGAGGGAACCGGGACUGACACGGACGCGAUAUCCCGCAAACGCCUCGACGAGCAACCUCAGCCUCGUCUCCGAGACCGACGACCUCGGGCGGUCUACCAUCCUCGAGACGCGCCGGUGCACCAACGACGACUUCGACAGGAGCAGCAGCAACAGCGGUAGGAGCUGGGAGUCCAACAAAGGGCCACGCGCGCGCAAGGAGCGUCGCGACCCUGAACAACAGCACCGUCCUCCGACCCCCAAGCCAGACGUCGUCUACCGGGGCCACUGGCGCCGCACCGAGAUCACGCCCGACGUCCCUAUACGGCGCACCUCCGACGUCUUCCUACCCAUCCUCAACAGCAUCCACGACCACAAGACCCCGUCCCCCCUCAGCAACAGACCGCCUCUCCUCGAAACCAUCCGUAUCCUCCCUCUCCUCCGCAACAACCACAACAUCAACGCGCACAGCCCGAGCAGGCAGCACAACAACAGCACCAACCCGCCAACCCCUCAAACAACCUCAAAAACCACCACCAUCCCACCAAGCAGCAACAACAGCACCACCACACCUCGCCCGCCAACAAGCCCAACAACGACACCCCUCCCCAACCUCACCACCCAGAACCACAAAACCGAGCUCCUCCAGCUCCACCUCCUCCACCGCGACCUGCCGCAGGUCACGUCCCAAUGGCACGCCAGCGCCCGCUCCAAGCUCGCCGCGCGCCACGCCGACCUCGCGGCCUCGGCGAGAAGCCUCGCAGCCCUCGAAUCCGACGCCGCGGAGCGCCGUAACCUCGCAGCCCUAAGUAGCUGGGGAGCAUCCACCGGCAAAAGCGGCAAGGCAGUAACAUCAUCCCUGCCGCUGGAAGACCGCGUCCAGCGCCUAGACGCCCUCCUCACAUCCCUCUGGUCCCUCGACGACCCAGGCGGAAAACACCACCGCCUCGUCCGCGCCUUCGAGCGCUGGGCCUCUUCCCUCGCCGACCUCGAAGCCGCCCGCGCCCGCGCAGAAGACGGCGCCGACCCCUCCGCCCUCCUCGACGACAACGCGGACGUCCGUUUCGGCGGCGGCCUCGACGCGCGGUGGAAAGACGACGCCGCGGCGUUGGUAAGGCGUCUCGAGGGGUGGCAUGCGCAGCUCAGGGAGCUAGAGUAUCGCGGUGAUGAUGACGAGGACGCGACCGCUAGUGCUACCACGACACAAGCGUCGAGCUUGAAGCGCAUGUUGGACGGAUGCAGCAGUCUCGUCAGGGACAUGCUCGACGAGCUGGCCGUCAUGGAAGAAAUCGAGGCAGCGGCGGUGGAGAGGGAGAACGAGUGGAUUAAGAAGAUGAACAGAGAGGGAGACGACGGCCGCGGCAGAGAUACCCAGAGAGCCGGUGCCAUUUGGAGAGUGAUUUAA